AACAGUAGGUAACGAUUUAAUCGAUAGUCUAUUCGUAUAACUAAUCUGAAAUGAUAUAAAUACCAAACGUUUAACACGAAAGUCAACACUUGUCUUCAAGUAUUCAGCAACAUGCGUAUCCUUGCUCUGCUUGCUCUCUGCUUCGCGGCUGUCGCAGCUGUCCCCAGCAAUCCUCAGAGGAUUGUGGGUGGUUCGGUUACCACUAUUGACCAGUACCCGACUAUAGCCGCCCUGUUGUUCUCAUGGAACUUGAGCACCUACUGGCAGGCUUGCGGAGGUACUAUCCUCAACAACAGGGCUAUCCUCACCGCUGCUCACUGCACUGCUGGUGACGCGAACAACAGAUGGCGUAUCCGUGUUGGCUCCAGCUGGGCCAAUAGCGGUGGUGUCGUACACAACCUGAACGCCAACAUCAUCCACCCUUCAUACAACUCAAGGACCAUGGACAAUGACAUCGCUGUUCUGCGCUCCGCCACCACCUUCUCCUUCAACAACAAUGUUCGCGCUGCUCCCAUCGCUGGUGCCAACUACAACCUCGCAGACAACCAAGUUGUCUGGGCUGCUGGCUGGGGCACAACCUCCUCCGGUGGUUCUUCCUCUGAGCAACUCCGUCACGUUCAGCUCGUGACCUUCAACCAGAACUCUUGCAGAAACAGCUACGCUACCCGUGGUAUUGCUAUCACCGACAACAUGUUGUGCUCUGGCUGGAUCGGAGGUGGUCGUGACCAGUGCCAGGGUGACUCCGGCGGUCCCCUAUACCACAAUGGCAACGUUGUUGGUGUCUGCUCCUUCGGUAUUGGCUGCGCUUUGGCUGACUUCCCUGGUGUCAACGCUCGCGUAUCCCGCUACACCUCCUGGAUCUCCUCUAAUGCGUAAGAAGGGAGAAUUACGAGUACUUUUAGUUUAAGUUAAAAAAAUGACAAGAUCUAAGUUUCCUAAAUAAACAUUCUUUGCAAUACA